AUGGAACUCGAUGCUGCGGAACAGCAGCUCAAGGGCAUGGCCCAUUCGGAGCAGCACUACUUCAACAGCUACAACCAUCAUGGUAUCCAUGAGGAGAUGUUGAAAGAUGAGGUCCGCACCAGAUCAUACAUGAACGCCAUCGUGCAGAACAAGCACCUGUUUAAGGACAAGGUCGUUCUCGACGUCGGCUGCGGUACCGCCAUCCUAUCAAUGUUCGCCGUCCGCGCGGGAGCCAAGCAUGUCAUUGGUGUUGAUAUGUCAACUAUCAUCUUCAAGGCCAAGGAGAUUGUCGCGGUCAACGGCAUGGCAGACAAGAUCACCCUGAUACAGGGCAAGAUGGAGGAGAUCGAGAUACCCUUUCCGAAAGUCGACAUCAUCAUCUCCGAGUGGAUGGGCUACUUCCUACUGUACGAGAGCAUGUUGGACACCGUUCUCUACGCUCGCGACCGGUAUUUGGCCAAGGAUGGCUUGAUCUUCCCCGACAAGGCCACAAUAUUCAUGUGUGGUAUCGAGGAUGGCGAGUACAAGGACGAGAAGAUCGGAUUCUGGGACAGUGUCUACGGAUUCGACUAUACGCCCCUGAAAGAGACCGCCCUCUCCGAGCCGCUCGUGGAUAACGUCGAAGUCAAGGCGGCUGUGACUGACCCGACUGCCGUGCUCACGCUGGAUCUGUACAAAUGUACGACAGCCGACCUGGCUUUUGAGGUCCCCUUCAAGCUGUCAUGCCGCCGCGACGACUUCGUACAUGCUCUCGUGGCCUGGUUCGAUAUUGACUUCACUGCAUGCCACAAGCCGAUUCGCUUCUCCACGGGCCCGCACACCAAGUACACGCACUGGAAACAGACAGUCUUCUACUUCAAGGACGUUCUGACGGUUCAGCAAGGAGAGGAGGUCAGCUGCAAUUUGCUGGUACGCCCCAACGACAAGAAUCGACGGGACCUUGACAUCAAGAUCGAUUACAAGCUUGACACGCAAGAUGCCACUCGCCGUGUUGAGGGUGCCUGCGAGUUCAAGAUGUGCUAG